AGUAAUUGUACAAACAAGUGAAAAUACGAAAAAUGUGAGUGAUGAAAAGAGUUAUUAUCGAAAGAAGUUCAUGCUAGUCACUUCCUCUACAAUACCGAGUUCCCUCAACCGUUUACACCAACUCGUUACAGUGCCAUUUGAUAUUGGUACCAUAAUCAAAUAAGGCGUUACAUAAAGCUGGCAGGUGAAAAUUGCGAUUCUUUUCUGUACUUAUCGACGAAAGUAACGGUUUUCGAACCACUUGACACACUUAAUAGUGUUUACUUUGACGAUGCUCGUAAACAUAUAUUUACUCUCAGGAGUCGUGGUACGAUGGGUGUCAAUGUCAAAUCUGUUGUUGAUGAUUUGGUUUUGAAUUUUCGCAUAGACGAUCAAGGCGAAGUUUUGAGUAUUAAGUUUUCUGAGGAUAACAAAAUCUUGGGAAUUCAGCGGACUCACCGAUCAGUUGACUUUUUAAAUUUUCAAGCCAAUUGCCCCAGGGGUGUACAGUAUUCUCAAGAAUGCAAGAAUAAAUCAGCAACACUUCUGGGAUUUGUGUGGUGUUCCAACUAUGAGGUCCUUUUUGUCACAAACGAACAACUGGAGUUAUAUCAAGUAUUACCUGAGAAGAAUACUCUACGCUUAAAUAGUUAUUUACCUCUGAACACUUGCUGGUUUUUAUGGAACCCAGAGACACAUAUUUGUAUCACUUCAGACCAAGAGAAAAAACUACAUAUGUUUCAACUUAAGACACCCGGCACAAUCACAAAAGGACCAAAGUUUCUGUCUCCUACAUCGGUAGGGGCCAAUGGUGAUACCAUAUCGAUUGAACAGAAACACUGUUUUUUAGCUUUAUUAUAUGAGGAUUUGUACUUUGGUACUCUCCGCUACGUAAAGCUACAUAACGAACCAAAUCUUACCCGAACUAUUAGUUUUUAUACUUUAAAAAUAGAAGAUCCCAUCGUAUUGACACACCUCGUAAUUUUAGAUUUUCAGGGUCCUGUGUCAUUCAGUGUAUUGGAUAACCUGUUCAUGGUACACUAUCAGAGCAGAAAGGUUACGUCAGUUUUUGAUAUUGCCCUUAAUGGAACCGUUCGCAAUGUAAUUCAUCAUUCACCUAUAUUACGUGAUAUUUCGAUUGCACCAUUCAGUCUUUUCACUAAAAGUGCGUAUCUCCUGCUCAACAAUUUCUUGAUAAAAUGCAUAUGUUUAGUUGAAGAAGUUUUGUGGAGAUUGGUUUGAUUUAUGGGUUGUAUUCAUCACAGGUUUAUCACAACUAAGAUACCACUAAAAACCUGGGAGGACUGAAUAUCUGUUCUGUGUGCUGUCUAUAUUAAUGAGUUCGUACUUCAACUUCGACAACAAUCAAUAACUUAUUUAACACAAUUCAUUCCCUCAUUAUCAACAAACUUGGAUGCUCAAAUUCCUAUCGAUUUAUAUUCAAUGAAUUGGAUUAUUCACCUGUGCGGUGUUGUAAUUGACAACAGUCUCGGUUGCUCAUGGCUGUUAUGCUUGAAUACUAUGGUUUUUCCAAAACUAAUUGCUAAUCACAACCUAGUUGUGGAUUUUCUACUUCAUCGAUCCAGUGGCAAAAGUGUACUGUUAGAGUACUGCUCUAAAUUGGCGUUAGACAGUAUCGAAGAGGUUACUUCCAAUGUUGACAAACCUCUGAACUACAAAUUCGAUGGAUAUGGGUUGAAUCAACGACUAGAUCAGUUUGCGUUCGUCUUUAAACGGAUUUGUGAAGUGGGCUACUGUGGGACAAACGUCAUGAGUAAAUUGCUCACUGAUUCUGAUCGUAAAAUGCCAAGUGCUUCGGAAGCAUCAUGCCAUUGUUCUAUAGUUAAGACAAUAUCCAAAGGCGUACAUGCGGGUUCGUCAACCUACAUCAUUUCCCAACCUGAAAUAUAUUCACAUUUAUUUUUAAAGAACCAAGGUGUUGAGAGACUAGAAGUCCGUAAAUUGUUUCGCUCUAUACUGAUUGAAUAUAUUCGCAUAUUUUCAGAGCACGACAUUUGUGUAGAUCAUUGUUUCUACGAAAUGCUCGUCAAUCUCACCGCCAGAGUGGGGGAUUAUACACAACUCAGUUUUUAUAUUCAAAGUCGUCUACUUGCUGAUUCAAAGCCUACCGCACUUCAACUGCUUUCUUUGGAAAGUGUUUAUCCCGCAGCAGGACAACUUGGUAUUGAUAUGCUAAAGAGAUUGAAUACAUGCAACACUGAAUUGUUCGAUGCAUUACUGAUAAAAGGACGGCCAUUAGAGGCAUUAAGAUUUGCUAGGCUGCAUCGCUCAGAAAAUGUCAUCGACAUGGAGAAUGUUCGCAAUUAUUUGGAUGCUAUUCAACAAAUCGAAGAUUAUAUGGAAUUAUAUUGUACUCACCAUUUUCUUAAAGAAAGUUCAAUGUGUAUGGAGUCUUAUUGGGACUCAGAUGAAUGCCGUAAAUAUUGUACCGAACACUUUAGUGACCUGUUUCCGUCAGCUUAAUUUGAACUGCAAUUUCAUAUAAAAGAAAAUGAAUGUCUUCUUAACCCUUAUUCUGUGAACUCGUAUAUAACUAUAUGUUUUUUCUCUUUUCAGUUGUUUCAUUUUUGUAAGCGUACUACACCAUGAUGCAUCCAAUAAAGUAUACGUUGUGUUGAAUUUGUAAAUUAAUAAACGUUUCGUUUGCUUCAAUAUGCCAUAAUAUAACGUUUACCAUAGUAAAAACUGCUUUUGUCCAAGUAAUUUGUUUUCUUGUUGACGACUCUGUCAUGGAUCUUAAAAAGUAAUCUCAGUAGCGCUAAUUAAAAGCGUUAUGCAACGGGACGAUUGAGAUCUUAUCGUUACUGAUAACAACUAACCUGAAAAAUUUGGUAUACAUAAACUAUCUUAACAACAGAACUCUACUCAUUGGGAUAUUACAAAUAUAUUAUUUUUAUUUAUAUCUUAACAACAUUUUGAAUCGUUUCUGUAAACUUAGACCUACGCUUCGUUUGCAGUUUGUAGCUAAAUGUUUCACAUAUUCAUUAGAGUGGUCUAAAUAUUCAUUGUUGAUAGUUUUGUUUGUAUUUGUUUCUAUCGUCAAUACACUUGACUCAGUUCAUACUGACCUAAUAGAAUUAGUAAAAUUCAUUUAUCAAGCAUCACUUGAACUAUAUUUUUCUAUUUUAUUGCUUGAAUUCAAACGUUACAAGUACAAAUUCUGGUAUCAAUCUUUGGAAAUCGAAAUUUUAAUCUAGUAAGGUGGGUUAAGUUAUUUACUAAAAGUCAUCUUACGAAUACGUAUUGAAAUAUCUAUGAUUUCUCUGUGAAAUAAAUAUCCACUCCCCGGUUAAGUGCAUUAUUUUGUGUUAAGAAUUCCGAAAUGUAGAAAUAAGUGUCCAAAAUAUCAGAUUUAUCUGACAGCUUCCUUCAGGUUAGGAGCUCUCGAAAUUGCCUUUAGAGACUGGAAAAAUGCUGAAAAUACUUCCAUCUAUCAACAUUCCUUAAAAAUUACCACUAGAACUUUGAAAAACGACAAGUUGUAUUGUUUUCCUCCGUUUAGUUAAUUACCAAUUUUAUCUUGUUUUCCAGAAGCCUCUAGAAUAUCAAGGCCACGUAACAUUAUAAACACCCAUAUAUUAUGUAUAUAAACUAACCUUGAAAGUAAAACUUCUUCCAUAAUUCCGCUGUUUUGUUUUUUCAUUUCGGGGUUCAAGAGUAGGUUUCUGGAGAUAAGUGAUUCAAGGUCCAAGUUUUCGAACACUAGACAAAUCACGUUAUGGUAAAAAGAGCAUUUCUGUCUC